UAUGUGAAUCCAGGAAAUUGGGGGAAGUUCUAGGGCAGGAUGGGCUUAGUGCAGGGAAAGAUCGCGUUCGCUGAGGUGGGCGAGAAGCAGCCGGCGAAUCAGGCCGAGCAUGAUACUGUGGUUGAAGUAGAUGACGAAUCGAAGCAGGCGAUUGAGGAGGAAGAAGCGAAAGAAGCGAGGAGGACGAUAACGGUCGCGGACAUAAAAACCGCUCCAUUCGAUAUUCGCUUCCCUUCGACCAACCAGACCAAGCACUGCUACACUCGCUACAUCGAGUUCCACAAGUGCCAGAAGGAAAGGGGCGAGGGUGCUCCGGAAUGCCAGAAGUACGCGCGAUACUAUCGAUCGCUGUGUCCCUCGGAAUGGAUCGAGAGAUGGAACGAGCAGCGAGCGGAUGGUGUGUUUUGUGGGCCUUACUGAAAGAAAAACAAUGGCUCUCAAUAAACCCUAAUGGCCACCUUUUUCAGUAAAGAAUCAUAAUAACCCUAAGGGCCUUUUCCAUUAAAAAAAGGAUUCUUUUGUAAUUCUUUUUUCUUGGUACUGCCCUAAUUACCACCUUUUGUCUUUGACCCCAUAUUUUAUAAAGUCACAAGUGGGACA